UCAGCAACAAACUCUGUUCCCGGUCUGCUAAGGACAGUAGUAUUGAAAACAUGAGCAACACUGCGGUUACCUGUAAUAAAAAUUAGCUUCCUUUAGUUCAGACUACGUUGUAAGGUAGCAUUCAGAGUUACAUUUUGCACAUGUCUCCGAGUAUUGGCAACUGUUCUGAUAGAAAGGUACAACGCUUAAUUGGUAAAUAGCUAGCUCGGCCGGGGAGCAGUCAUAAAGCUCGCUGACCAGGAUGUCUGACUUUGACGAAGACCCAGUCUUAUCGGACGUGGAAGGAAAAGAAGAAGAUCUGAAAGAAGCCGAAGAUGAGAAGGUUGAAGUUUGCCAUUUGACCCAAGACACCAUAAGUCACGGGUUGUCAUUACUUUGCCGAACAGGAAAUGGAUUAGCACAUGCAUUUGUGAAGCUGGACCUUCAAAAAAAAGGACUGACUGAUAUAGCUGCAAUCAGCAAGUAUAAUCACAUACGUUUUCUGGAUUUCAACAACAACAUUACUGAUCUUUCUCCUUUGGCAUCUCUGACCCAGUUACUUUGGCUGAAGGUUGACAGUAAUGCUGUGACGUGUUUCAAAGGGCAACCUUUUGCUCAACUGACCUAUUUGCAGUGGCUGAGUAUGGCAGUUAAUCAGCUAACAGAUGUAGAUGGCCUAGUCGGGCCUGCAUUAGAAAGCCUCAGUCUUACAGGUAAUAGUAUUCAGAGAAUAAAUGCUUUCCAGAGGGGCGAUUUUGCAAAUCUCGUAACUCUAGAGUUGAGGGGAAACCACUUGGAAACGACUGAUGGGAUCAACCUUCCAAAUCUGCGGCAAUUAUAUCUGGCCCAAAAUGCUAUCAAACGUCUGGAGGGUUUGGAGAAGUUAGAGCGCCUCACCACACUUCACCUUCGAGACAACCAGCUAGAGUCGUUGGAUGGCCUCAGUCCCAGCAUGAAGUGUCUCCAGUACCUCUAUGUCAGAGGCAAUGCCAUCAUAGAUGAGAAUGCUCUACAAUAUGUUGGCCUUCUGUCACAAAGCCUGCGUGUGUUGGUUCUUUCUGGGAACCCAGUGGUGGAAAAUUGAUAUCGGCUAAAUGUACUGAUACUAUUGCCAGAGUUGGAAACUGACAAAAAUCCUGUCUUCCCUGAGGAGAGAGCUGAAGCCUGGGAAAGAAUAAGGGAACUUCAAGAAGAGGAAAUGUAUGCGCCAUAAGAUGUGUAAUUAGGGCCAAAAUGGGGAAGUGACUGCCUUGACUUUCUUGAAAUGACAGGCCUAUUGUGUGUUGAUGAGUGGACUGAUUACACCUCCCUAUGUCUUGACAGUGUACCCUGUAUGAUUAAUCAUCCAUGACUUUGCACAUAAAGUUGUGUAUGUCAUUUCUCCACACUUAAAGCUACAGACCAGCUGGUGAAAAGUGAAAAGGUUUCUUUUUGUGCAUCCAUGUAAAUGUAAAAAUUAGGAAAUAGGUUGGAGUUUCAAAGUAAAGUGUUACUGGCCAUGGUUUGACAUCAGUACCUUGUAUAUUGUUCGUAGACAGAAUUAUUAGACAAUCGCUUCUAUGUUUUCCUGAGUAAGGAUGAGAGAGCAAAAUCUGUCACUGCUUCCUAGUAGGCAGCCGUCCAGCUACGGUUUUAAAGGGACAGCGACACUAAGGGCCUGUAUUGGGAAAUCAGCAGAUUUUACUGAGGUAUAAUGUCCAUUACAGUGCAGAAUAUAAAUAUCGUAUCAGAUCACGCAUUUAUUUUGAUUGAUUGGGAUACCUGAAGCUGUGAUUUGCAUUUAAAUACGCCAUCAUUAUUCCAUAAAUACAACCAGGAAGUUAACUCCUCACUUCAUAGAAAAAAAAUACAUAUUAUAAUAAUUUUAGAAAAUGCAGUGCAGCUCCACUGGGAGUGUAAUGCGGUCCACGUUAUUGUUACUGAUAUUUUGAAAUGUACUGAUUUAAUAAAAGAGGGAUGAAGAAUGAAGCAACACCGCAUCUGUACCUUGAACACGCUGCAAGGGACUGACGAGGGCGGACUUACUCCACUCCUCUUCCUCCAAUGGUUUGAUUCGGUGGGAGUGGCUGUUUGAGGAAACAAAAUCCGUCCUGUGUGACAGUCUUGCCCUCCUCUCCUCUACUUUAACACCGGGCAGCUAACGGGCGGCGUGGCGCAGCGUAGAAACUACGACACUGAGGAAGCAGUCUUCUCAUUAAAUUAACUACAAUUAUUACUAAAAGCGAACGCGAAUCGGUCCUUGCAUCCAUUAAACCAUGACUAGCUACCACAAACCAGAUGAAAAGACUCUGCAGGCACUGAAGGACAUCGCUUUCAGGCUAAGGAUCAAACUCCAUCAAGGCAACAUUGCGCCUCCAACUA